GAGAGAGAGAGAGAGAGUGAGCGUUUUGUCAAAUCGUGUGACAUUUAUAAAAAAUCGAUCGAUAGAGAGCGAAGCGACAGCUUCGGAUUAUCCGUCUUUUUCUUUUUUCGCAAAUGUUCAAACUCUGUGAGAGAGAGAUAGAGAGCAGCACAAGAGAUGUUUGUUGAAGUGAAGUCUCUUUCCUCUUCUUCCUCUUGAGUGUGUGUGUUUUUUUUAACGAAAAUGGAAACGGGUCGUCGAGAUAUGAGACGUGGAGGAGGAACCAAUCUAUCUUCCAAGAAAAAAUCUGGAUCUGUGGUCUCUGCAAAACACAAGAAAAGAACGAUGAAGAAACUGAGUUUAGCUGAUGAUAAUGAUAAGAAGCGAGAGAUGAUGAUGAUGUGCUACGACUUUCCUGAUUCAGAUUUAGAAAACGAAGUUGUCUCUAAUAAGAAGAAGAAAUCUUCUAAACUUCUAAAAAAGAGUUUGAAGGAGAGUAAUGGUGUUGUUGUGCAUCCUCAUGCCUCUGUACCAAGGAAGCUUCGUUCAGCCAUGAAGAAGAGGAAUCUUGAAUCUGUUUCUACUAACCUAUCCUCUCCUUCUAAGAGACUCAACAUGGAUUUGGUUAAGGAGAGUCAAGAAACGGAUGCAAAAGCUGUUGUCUCUGAGUCUAUGAAGAUUUCAAAAGAUGAGGAAGAAGUUGCAGAGACUUUGUUCGGUUUAGCUGAUAUGUUUAAAGAGACUGCCUCUGUUGAUAACAAGACCUGUGAUGAUCCUUUGCUGUCUGAUAAUGAUGAUGAUAAAGAAACCACCAAAGCUGACUCAGUCUUGGUUGUGGAAACUAACUUCACCACCAAAGAUGAAUCACUUGAACCGGUGGAUUCAGUUCUCUCUUCAGACAAAACCAAGCCGCUUGAUGAGAUGCCUUUACAGCAAGAUCAUCACCAGCAAAGCAGCAGCUCAGUGAAUGUGACUGAUGCACCUGUAACCACAAGACCAACCACAAAGGCUGCAGCAACAAGUGAUAUGGAGUAUAAGAGCAACGGUCUUGCUCUGUGGCCUGGCCUAUCUUCAACCAGGCUAUCUCCUACAAACCUUCUUCCACCAUGGAUGGGUCAAGCUCUUUCUCCAACCAAGAAUGCUUCACUGUUAAGCAUCCGUCCGAGGAAGUUGAAGAGAUGUGCAUCUCACAUUUACAUAUGCAGACUCAUCAAAGCAUUACAAACGGAGCAAAGAUCUUCAGAAACGUCACAGUGCAGACUCCCUGACCCUGUGACAACAAUGAGCGACUUUAAAAGCAAUGUUGCUCCAACCAAUAGGUUUCAAAAUCCACAUCUCCUUGAUUUCCACAAGACAUGUAAUCCAAAACCUGUGCAAGAGGUGGACAAGACUCAGCUUUCUCUGGAGCUCCUUGGUUCUCACACUACUCAAAAACAGAGCUAUGACUUCCUGUCUCUCUCAUCUAAUGGAGCAGCACAAUCUCAUUUCCCAUUUCCACAGCAUCCCAUCUCUGCAGCUUACAAUAGCCAGCUCUCAUCUCCACUUCCUAGCCAUCAGAUGCAGCAAAUGUCUCCUUAUGUAGCUAGUAGAUACCAAACUGCUUACAACGCAAACCAGCAGCAGCAGCAACAGCUUCAGAAACGGAUGUGGGCUGCUGCUCAGUACAGACCUCUAACAAGUGGAAACACGGUGCCGAACCAAUACAGCAAACCAAACCUGUCCUUGAACCUGGCUAGCAUUCAACCUCUGCACGUUGCUUCCUCGCCAAGGUACAACAACAAUGUAUAUCAACAACAGCAACGUCGUCUCAUGUCUGCUGCAGCAAUGUCAAUGAGCCAUCAUCACCAUAACAACAACAGCAAUCGUUCAAGGAUGGUGAUGAACAGACAAGAGCACCAUUUCCCACUUGUCUACGAAGAUGCAACGAGAACACCGUUUCAGCUACUCUGCAACGAGCAGUCGUGAUUGAUGAUGCUCUGUGUUAUAUAGUUAAAAAAAAACUAGUUCUAAAGAUCAGAAACACUUGGUUGAGAACAGAAGAACAGAGUUGUUUUUUUUUUGUCUUCGGCAGAGUUUGAGAUGAAAAUCGGAUGAACAAGGUUACUCAGUGAGAGAUGAUUGAAUCUCACUUGUUCGAGGAUAAAAACCUCAAAUGUCUUUUUUUAUGUAAAUGAGAAUCACAGGUGGAAAAAACAAAUGCUAGGUUUGAGCUUGUAA